AUGGCCGACGCCUCGGGUGAAGACGUCCAGGAGCGUCUCAAAUCAGCCCUAUGGUUCGCCAUAGGCAAGAUGGUCGACGAUGAGUCGCUUCGUCGCAAUAUGAAUGCCACUCCCCAGUUCAUCGGAGCUCUUACCGAGCUUGUGUGGACUCAGAUAGAAAACGUCGCCAUCGAUUUGGAAACCUUCAGCCAACACGCCGGGCGUACCACUGUCACCACAGAUGACGUGCUUCUGCUUGCUAGGCGGAAUAGCGACCUUCAAUCUGUGAUCAAGGAUUGUGUUGACAAGCUCAAGGCUGCCAAGGUCAAGGAGAAGACGAGGGCUGGGAAAAAGAAAUAG